CUCAGCAGCAGAGCUCAUUCAAUCCCUGCUGACUCCCGCAACUCCUGCGACUGCAACCUCACUUAGUAGCAUGUGGAGGCCUGAUUACUAGGCCUUAAAAAAAAAAAAAAAACUUCCCGGGCGAGAGCAAUGAUUGUGAGGCGUCUCUCUGGCUAUCUUUCCGCCUGUCCUGUCUAGGAUCAAAUUAGCCUGUUGAAGUAUCAUUAUUCCUCUAAUGUCAAAGACCCUGACGUGUUGAGGCCACGCAUUAGUGAAUAUUUUCAUCGCGAUCCCUCACUCAGACAUCAACAUCAGCCAUUCCUUGCACCUCCUCCUGCGAUAUCCGUCUCUGGCGCCGCUUUAACAACCGUUCACCAUUGUCCAUCACCCUGACGGCCGGCCAGCCGGACCGCCAUGUUCGCGAGGCUCCUCGGAGCGGCCGCCGCCACUGUCGGUGGCGCGGCGACGAUUGCUGGCGUCGCCGGCCCGGUUGACGAGGUCAAUGAGGCGGCGGCGCUGUCGGUGCCGGGCGGCGCGCUGAAGCCGUCGCAGCUGGAGCCGCGCGUGGCAGUGCAUCACGGCGUCCCGAGCACCACCACGCACCUCGCCUUCGACCCGCUGCAGCGCCUGCUCGCCAUGGCCACGCGGGACGGGCGGUUCAAGGUGUACGGUCGCGACGGCAUCGAAGUGCUCUUCACCUCGCCCUCCCGCGCUCCCUGCAAGUUCCUCGAGUUUAUGGUCAACCGAGGGCUGCUUGUCAUGGUCAACACACAGAACGACAUUGAGGUGUGGGACCUGUGUCGCAAGCAACUGGGCGCGUCUCUCAAGUGGACGGCUGAUGUGACUGCACUCGCAGUUGCGCCCAGCUCACGCUUCAUCUACAUAGGCGACGAGGAGGGCGUGCUGAGCGUGCUGGAGUAUACACCUAGUGACAAGCCCGGCAGGGCGGCCAAAGGGGGAAAGGACGGCCUUGCGGGUGAUCUCUCCAUCAAGCCCUACCGCGUCCCCCUCACUGCCACUCUCGGCCCACUCAUCUCUUCAGGCGCGCUGGAUGCGCCACCCUCCCUCAUCGCCAUCCUUCCACAGCCCUCAGCUCCACACAACAGGGUGCUGCUGGCGUAUUCCAACGCCAUGCUCGUGCUCUGGGACCUGCACUACCUGCAGCCAGUGGCCAUCAGGGGCGGCACUCGCGCCCAGCGCACUGCCCUUCUAGACGCCUCUGCUGCAGCCGCCGCCGCCGCUGCCACCGCUGCAGCCGAAGCGGCUGCUGCUGAGGGGAAGAAAGGCAAGAAGGGCAGUAAGGGAGGGGGAGGAGCAGGCGGGGGAGGGGACGGAGGGAAAGGGGGGGGGAUGAUGGAUGAGAAGGAGAGGGAGCGCGCGUUGGAAGGGGAGGACGUGGAGGGGAAGGAGGUGUGUAGUGUGUGCUGGGCGUGUCAGCAGGGGGCGGUGGCGGCAGUGGGGUAUACGGAUGGGGAUGUGGCCCUCUGGGGGUUCCCAGUGCUAUCCAGCAGCAGCAGCAGCAGCAGCGGCAGUGGUCAUGCUGGAGGUAGCAGCGACACCAGCACUAGCAACAGUGGCGGUGGCGGCGGGGUUGGGGCCGUGGGGGAGCCCAUACCCGCGGCUCUGCUAGCAGAUACCAGGGCUGAGGUGCUAGGACGGCCGCUGAGAAAGGUGGUGGUGGCGAGGGGCAAGGGGGGCAAGCUGCCGGUGACGAUUCUGCGGUGGUGCUGCGACAGCGACGCGUGGGGGAAGAAGGCCAGCAAGGGAGGAUAUGCUGGGGGCGGGCGGCUGUAUGUGUUUGGUGGCGAUGUCCUGGGCGCGCCAGAGACUGUCUAUGUGGUGUCACUGGGCUCGCUUCCUUCGGGCUUGCCAGAGCUGGCCGCCACGAAGCUGCCCUGGUUCGGGCCAGUGGCGGACAUCCUUGUGGCACCAGACGUGCCUGCCAAGCCGCGGCCCAAGGAGGCGGGCAAGAAGCCAGGGGCGGCACUGAUGGUGCUGACUGUCCCAGGGCAGGUGCACCUGUAUGAUGAGUAUGGCAUGGAGCUCUACUUCUUCUCCCUUGCUAACCCACCUGCUGCUGCCGGUAGUGCUGCUGCUGCUGCUGGUGCUUUGCCAGCAGCAGGAGCAUCGUCUCUAGCAGCUGGUGGUGGUGCUGUUGGUGCGGGAGGAGCAGCGUUUCCGUCGUCGGGGAGUGUGGGGUCGGUGCGGUUGCCUGAGCCCAUGUUGUUUGAGUGCCCCAACUCAGUCGCCACAGCUGCCAUCAUGUCCAUUGCCGAGCCCCACUCCAUCGCUGCACAAGUGCUGCUACGGCUGCCCCGCACGUCUGGCUCGCGCUGCCCCGCGCACCUAUCGCACGGCACGGAGUGGCCAGUGUCGGGCGGGGAGAUGGCUGAGUCCACUGAGCUCAUAGCGGACCUGGGCCUCUGCCUGUUCGUGUCCGGCCACCACAAUGGGCUCGUGCACCUCUCGGACGUCUCCACGCCUCUCCUCACGCCCCUCGUUUCGGCCAUACCCAUUGCCUUCCCGACGGAGCCAUAUGAGCCUGUGACUGCACUCGACUUCUGCCCAGCGUCUGGCCUCCUAGCAGUGGGGCACGGCGACGGGUUGGUGCAGCUGUUUGUGCUGAGCGCGACGGCAAGCGUGGUGUGGGUGUGGACGGUGCGGGAGGCCACGGAGGCGGAUGCGCCGCUCAAGGCCGCUGAAGACGGCACUGCCAUCGACGUGCAGGAUGGAUUCGUGUACAAGAAAGCGGCGGCGCAGGAGGCCCCGCAGGGCUUCCAGUGUGUGGCGCAGUUCCGCAUCCACACAUGCGCCAUCCGAGCCAUCGCCCUCGCCACCUCCAUCGCCAGACUCGCCUUCGGAGACGACCGAGCAGGAGUGUCCCUAGUAGACCUCACCACCUUCAAGCUGGUCUCCCAGUACGUCAUGCCGCGCCCCUGGAACGCUCCUCCUCUCUCCAUCUCCUCAAUCUCCUUCGCCCACCUCCCCUCCGCCUUUGCUGCUGCCAGCGCUACCAGCCUCCUCACCCCCAGCACCACCCGUAGCACUGGCCCUAGUGCAUCUGGUCUGGGUGCAGGCGACGGCAGCAGCACCCCUGCAUCUUUCUCCACCUCUACCCCCGGCCGUAGUGUGGAUUCGUCUACUUUUCCCGGGCUGCUCUCUCCUGUGUCGACCCCCUCGGCGUCGUCGUCGGGAGGGGGGGCUGGGGGUGGAGGGGGGGAGUGGGGCGGGGGAGGGGGAGGCGGGCACGGGGUGUUUGUGGGGGCAUCGGACUCUUCGUUUGUGGUGCUGGAUGCAGUCACGGGGCAGGCGCUGCUGAGAGGGCCGUUGAAACUCAGGGAAGCAUCGCCUGCAGUCUCCAUGCUGCUGCUGGAUGCGGACGGGUCCCCUCUGCCUCGUCUCGCUGCUCCUGUUCGUCUCGACCACGUCCGAUCCUCCCGCUCCUCCCGCAAACGACGACAGCACACCCCGCAGCAGCUCCAGCAGCAGCACCAGGAGGCAGAGGAGGCGGCAGCGAGGGCAGAGGGAGAGAGGGAAGGGGGGGAGCAGCAGGAGCAGGAGCAGGCACAGGCACAGGCACAGGCACAGGCUGCAACCGCCACUGCUGCUACUACUCCCUCUUCCACUUCCGGCCCGUCCAAUUCUGCAACAACCCGUGAUGCAGGUGGUGAUGACUUGGCAGCUGAGGGGCAGGAAGGCGGGGCGGAGGUGGGUAGGGACGAAGCUACUGCAGGAGGGGAUGAGGAGGACAAUGCUGGGGCAGGGAACAGUGGAGGGGUAAGGGGGGUAGGAGGAGGGGAGGAUGAUGGUGAAGGUGAUGAUGGGAGUGAGACUGUGUCUGAGGUCGUCACUGGCAGCAGCAGCAGCAGCAGCAGCAGCAGCACGGCUGUCCAACCACCUGAAAAGCCACCUGCAGGUGAUGAUGAUGGGCCGGACACGGCACCUGAGGAUGCACCUGCUGUUGAAGGCACGAGCCAGCAAGAGAGGGACCCUGCUAUGUCCAACGACCCCAGCCUCUCGUCUCCUCCCACUUAUCCAGGUGCUCCUUCUGACUCUGCCCCUUCUCCCACCAUUCGCAAAUCUUCCUCGUUCGGCAGCAGUUCCACAGAAGCAGCAGCAGCAGCAGCAGCUGAACCUGAUCUGCUGCCGCUGCCCCCUGCUAGAGCGGCUGCUGCUGCAGCGGCGGCAGCAGCAGCUGCCAAGGCGCUUCUGCCGGCACCACCUGGGAGGCAGAAGGUUGGAGGGGGGGAAGAUGGGGGGGAAAAGGGCAGUACCACUCCUGCUGCUGGUGCUGCUGCUGUUGCUGUAGGGUCUCCUGCAGGGGCGGCGGCAGGGAAGUCUGGGUGGGGCCUGAGGAACAGGAUAGGGAUUAGAAUUAACGCCAAGGGAAGCUUGAGCUUCAGUGUCCACACGCAGCAGGGAGGAGCAGGCAAAGCAGGGGCAGGAAAGGCAGCCCCUCUGGUGACUGGUGAUGGUGGUGGAGGCAGUGAUGGGGCUGGUGCAAGUACAGGGGCGCUGCAGUCCCCGGCAGUUGCACAGAGCUCUGGUACUGCUGCAGCAGCUGCUGUCCAAGAAGUGGACUCCAAAACACCAGCAGCUUCUGGUGCUGGUGGCGGCGGUGCUGCUGCUUCUGCAGAGGAGCAAGUAGAUGCCGAAGCAGCAGCAGCAGUGGCGGCAGCAGAAGCAGCAGCAGCAGCAGAAGCAGCAGCAGCACUGGAGGAGGCGGAGGAGUUUGACCCGUAUGAGGCGUUGGAUGCGUUGAGCAUACCAGUAGUGGCGCCUGAGGUGCACUACGUGCUGCUCGCCACCCACAUAUGCCUCGCGCUCUGCGCUGCCGCCACCCUGCCACAGGGCCUGCCUGUGAGUCUGCUGAAGAAGGUGCGGGUGUUUGAGGACGCAGAGGAGGGUGACAGGGAAGCCAAGUGGAUGGGGUCGUUUGGAGUCACGCCUUUCUUUGCUCCCGGCCUCAUCCUCCUCUCGGGCAAUGGCUGUGUGGAAGUCAGGACACUGCCUGAUAUGGCGCCGGUGGAGUCAGGGGGAAUGCUUUCGGAGUACCUGGGGUGGUCCUUCCACCCCUCGCAGCUCAUGCCCACCACCACCGCCAUCUCACUCGACGCCCGCAUCGCCCUUCUAGAGGGCGAGACGGAGAUGGUCCGCAUGUCUCUCUAUGCCUAUGAAAACGCGCUUGGCUUGCCGGCCUCGCUCCCGCGCCUGCACGUGCCAACCAUUGCAUCCCCAGUCUCCCAGCACCACCCCUCGUCUUCGGCGGCAGCAGCAGCAGCAGCAGCAGCAGCAGGGGCGGAGAAGGGAGCACCGAUCACGGCCCAGAUGGCAAAGGCCAAACUGAAGGAACGCCCUCUUGACCUUUCCUCUGGAGGAGCCCUUCCAGAUCCCACAUCUUUUUCGUGUUCCUCCUGUGCUCGCCUCACCGCCCCCGCAUCUUUUCCGUCUCUGCAGUCCGGCCCGUCAUCUUUUCCCCUCCUUUGUUUCUGACUCCCCUGACUUCCACCGUUCUGAUGUCCACCUUCUGGGGUGCCUCUCUGUGCUCCUCCUUCCUGCUCUCCCCCCCUCCCCCUCCUCUUCCCCUCCCUCCGUUGUAGGGAUUCCUGUGCAACAUGGCGGCGAUGACCAAGGCGCUGCUGCAGCUGCCUGCUUUGAGGGGCGUCAACGCUACACCCCCUCUUCCCUUCCCCACCACCCCCUCUUGUUUGCAGGGAUUCCUGGGCAACAUGAAGGCCAUGGGCAAGGCGCUGCUGCAGCUGCCAGCGGCGCCCACCAUCCACACGUCCCUGGAGCUCCCGUCGCUCUUUGCAUCCUCGCCCUUCCCUCCCUCCGACGAUCAAGAAUCGCUCUUCUCCAAGCCACACCCAGACCCUGUGGCCCCAUCACCCCGCACGCCCUCAUCAACCUCAACCGCCCUGCCUCCCCUUGUCAUCGAGCCCUUAGCCACCGCUGGCGCAGGCGCGCUCACACCCGGGGGUUCCGUGCUGCCGCGUGACCCACCCCCCUCCAACCCCGCUCCUGAUUCCUCCGCUGCGGACGGCGGCAUUUUCAGCUUGUUUGGGUUUGGGAAGCCGGCACCAGGGCAGCAGCAGCAGCAGGCAGGCGGGUCGUUGAAGGAGAGGAGUUCGGGUGGGGCAGGAGCAGGGGCAGCGAGAGCAGAGCUGCUGAUGGCGGGGAGUGUGCCCCCCAAAACGAGGACGGCUGAUGAGAUCCGAGCGGCGUAUGGGUACCCCAAGAGGCAGCAGGGCACGGACGCGGCGUCAGCAGCAGCCGACGCCCGCGACAAGCUCAUCAUGCGAGGCGAGAAGCUCAAGCAACUGGCAUCGGAUGCUGAGGACCUGAAUGCGGGCGCAGCGGACUUUGCCACGCUCGCAGCCGAGAUUGCAAAGAGGCAAGAGAAGAAGUGGUGGUGACGAAGAUGGUGCUGGAGUGUAAAGAAGCUUUCUUAGUUAUGGCCAGUCUUUGGGUGCAUUAGUAUUACAGAAACUUCAAGAGGGUUCCCAUUCCCAGCUUGAAAACCCCUUUGGCUACCGUAUCUUGCCGUAGAGCGUGAACCCAGACUAUAUCUACGACUGCCGGGAGGGAUUGGGCGUAUGGGCCGGCUAUUCCUGUCACCAGGCAAGGCAACAUCACGGUUGCAGUGGUUCGGCAACUUGUGGUACUUGUAGAUACACUGUCCUCCAUGUGUAAAGCCAUGUGCUGCACCUGUGGCCUGCCUGACCGGAUAGUCUAAAUGAUGGACUGUUCAGUUCACUCCAUGAAAGGGCAGUGGUGUCAACUUAUACAUAUUAUCUAUGUAGAAGUUAUAGGCUAGACU